GUUAUUGCAACCUUAGAGAAGGAGAAUGUCAAUCUUAAGGUUGAUACUUCUGCACAUUCCAGAAUGAAGUAUGCUUUUGCUUUGUGUGUAGCAUCUAAGUGUGAUUGUUGAUGUCAGUCAUUGUUUUCUUAAACCUUUUUUCUUCUCUACUGAAAAAACAAAAAAAAAUAAAAAUCAUGGUGAAGGAUAUGGCCAAGAAAUUGGCUGAGGAAUGGGAGGGGAAGGUUAGUAAAAAUGGUGAGAACCACUACACCAAAAUCACCAAAUUGGAACAGAAAUGUCUAAAUCUAAACAUUUUUUUUACUGUUCAGAAGAAGAGAUGGAAAGGACAGUCUUGAUUCAUAUUCUUAUAUGGAAAUUGGAAGUCCAGGAUACUUCUUUUCCAUUCUGGUGGAUAAUUCUGCAUUCUCUUGCGGACAAAGAUCAUCCCAGAAUUUGUACUGUUUUUUGACUGUUCAGAAGAAGAGAUGGAAAGGCGCCUUUUGAAUAGGAAUCAGGGAAGAGUUGAUGAUAACAUUGAGACAAUCAGGAAGUGGUUCAAAGUUUUUACAGAAUCCAGUUUACCUGUAAUUGAGUAUUACAGCUCCAAAGGGAUGGUUCGGAAGAUUGAUGCUGGAAAGCCUGUUGAAGAGGUCUUCGAGGCUGUCAAAAGCGUUUUCUCUUCAGCUAUAAAGAACGUAAGGCACCUCUUGGCAGUUCAGUGUUGUAAUCAUUACUUGUGUGAUAAAUGCAAAAGAGAAAAAGAGAUACACAUGGAUGCUGUUUGCGACAACCAACUGCACAAUCUAUGUUGAGUUAUAUAGAUAACACAUGGAUGAGUUAGCCUAUCUCGGGUUUUGGAUCGGCUGGAUGCCCUCAUAUCUGCUAAUUUUGUUGCUAUAUUCUGAUUAACAUAUCAUGGCCCCACGUCGUUAUAUCAUGUAGUUGAUAGGCCAAAAGAGU